AUUAUUGCCUCAAACUUUUGUCCUCUCUGCUUAACAGCUUCAACCACCGCUUCCACCACCGCGUCGAGACCUCCACCGCCACCGCCACCACUGCCGGCAGCUCCGGAACGGCCGUCGACCUCUCGAGAAUUCCGCCACCAGCUCCCGGAAGGACACGAUCAGCCUCUUUUCUGUAUCUGUAUAUCUAUCUUCGUCGGCGGACUGAGUCGCAUUUCCUUUCUCUUAUUCCAAAUCUGCUCCUCAUCGCGGGAAAUUCUACAUCUUUUCUUGACGAGACGAGCGGGAAUCCUCGAUUUUUGCCGGAAUCGCGAGUACCUGUGAUCCUGCAGCCCUUGGCUGUCCGAUUUGAUCAGUCGAGGUGUUGCAAUUUGGUUCUUAAAGUUCACGUAGGGUUUGCUCAGCAUCAGGUUUGCUACCUAAUUCCGAUUUGCGAAUUGACAUUUAGGUUUAUCAGUAUUGUUAGAUUGGUGGGAUCAGGGUUAGGGUUUUGUGCUCUAUGAUGGUAGAUUGAUAUAAGUAGGAUUUGAUAAUGGUUCGGCUGCUCGGGCUCACUCUCAGAGAAAACGAUGAUUCGCCCCGGGAGAUCCCGAGCUCUCGGACUACUCUGGCCAGUGAGUCAGGUGAGACUGGGUGGCUCAUCAGGUUUUUCAACUCAGCAUUCUUCUGUGAGUGGAUUGCUGUUAGUUACCUUUAUAAGCAUGAUCAUGCGGGUGUUCGCGAUUAUCUAUGCAAUCGGAUGUACACAUUACCUCUGCCCGGGAUUGAGAGCUAUCUUUUCCAAAUUUGCUACAUGAUGGUGCACAAGCCAAGCCCUAGCUUGGAUAAGUUUGUGAUCGAUAUUUGCUCCGAGUCAUUGAAGAUAGCAUUGAAAGUGCAUUGGUUCUUGAUGGCGGAGCUGGAGGAUAAUGAUGACAAUGAAGGGAUUAGCAGGAUUCAGGAAAAGUGUCAGAUUGCAGCUACUUUGAUGGGUGAGUGGCCUCCUCUUCUGAAGCCACCCAGUUCUACUUCUAGUCCUGGGAGUAAGAAUCAGGUUUUGAAUAGGAUUUUGUCAUCAAAACAGCGGUUACUAUCACUAACAUCUUCACCGGACGAAAACAAGAGAAGGUCCUUCUCAUUCUCUCCCUCUAUGGGGAACAAUUUGCAAGAAGAGGUUGGUCAGUCAACUCCAGAGGAGAAUAAGAUCUUCAAGAAAUUUAUUCCGGGACCAAAGGUUCGGGACGCCUUUCUGUUCAGGAAGUCUGUGGACAAGGAUGAUGAGGAGUCAGAGAAGGAUGGUUUCUUUAAGAGGCUUUUGAGGGACAGUAAAAAUGAAGAUGAGGAAUUGACAACUAGCUCGGAAGGUUUCUUCAAAAGGCUUCUGAGGGAAAAUAAAGGUGAGGAUGAGGAUUUUACCUCAAGCUCUGAUGGAUUUUUCAAGAGGCUGUUUCGAGAUAGCAGGAGUGAUUCUGACGAUAAAUCUGUCUCAAAGUCAGUGGAAGAGGAUGAAAAAGAAGGGUUCUUUCGCAAACUUUUCAAGGAUAAGUUUGAGGACAGGAAAGACGGUAAUGAUGAUGAAGAUAAAGGGAUGGGUGAAGAAAGAUGUUCAAAAUCUGCUGAAGAUGAGGACAAGGAAGGAUUCUUCCGGAAAUUUUUCAGGGAGAAGUUUGAGGAUAAGAAAGAUGGUAAUGAUAAAGCUGAUGAGGGGAAUGCUCAUGGUGAGGAGGAAGAAUUUUCAUUAUUUCGAAGAUUAUUCCGUGUGCAUCCGGAAGAUCCCAGAACCAGUGCAGCGAGUGAGAAUGGUACUGCUGGUGGCUUGUUUGAAAGCAGUCCUGGCACUGAAAACUUUUUCCGCAAACUGUUUAGGGAUCGUGAUCGUUCGGUUGAGGACUCUGAACUUUUUGGUUCAAAGAAACAGAAUGAGAAGCGCCCUGGAUCGCCCAAACAACGAAAUGAACAGGCAAAUGUGAAGCCACCUCUUCCAAACUAUUCUGCAUCUCAUUUCCGCAAAGGGACAUACCAUGAGUCACUGGACUUUGUCCAGUCUCUGUGUGAUACGUCAUAUGGGCUAGUUGAUGUAUUUCCUGUGGAUGACCGCAAAAGUGCUCUUCGGGAGUCACUUGGAGAGAUGAAUUUGCAUGUAACUGAGGCCCAAAAUAGUGGAGGUGUUUGUUUUCCGAUGGGAAAGGGAAUGUAUCGUGUGGUUCAUAUUCCUGAAGAUGAAGCUGUUCUGUUGAACUCUAGAGAGAAGGCACCAUACAUGAUCUGUGUUGAGGUUUUGAAGAGUGAGAUGCCAAGCAAUUCCAAGGACAAUUCUGGAGCACACAAGCUUUCCAAAGGUGGAAUCCCUCUAGCAAAUGGAGAUGCACUAUUGGCAAAACCACCUUCUUGGGCGUAUCCUUUAUGGACUACACAAGAAGCAUAUCGUAAUAGCACAGAUAGAAUGUCUUCUUCUACUGCUCAAGCAAUUGACCAGGCGAUGGGUCAUAAAUCAGAGGCUACAGCCAAAUUUGUCAAUGUAAAUUUCUCAGUGGAGAAGAAAUUUCGGGCAAUGGGUUCAACAAGAGAUGUCAGUCAUCUAGAUGAAGGGGCAGAUAUGGAUUUGGAAUGGGUUAGAGUUGUCCUGACUGCGGAUCCUGGAGUGAGAAUGGAAGACAUUGAGGAUCCGCGACGUCCAAGGAGGAAAGAACACCGGCGAGUUCCUAGUACUGUAGCUAUCGAGGAAGUAAAGGCUGCUGCAGCAAAAGGGGAAGCACCUCCAGGACUCCCUCUUAAAGGGGCUGGUCAAGACUCAUCAGACACACAACCUCGAGUUGGGGGACAUCCAAAGGCUAGCGAUGCCCUAUCUGGUGAGCUUUGGGAACUUAAGAAAGAGAGGAUUCGAAAAGCUUCACCGUUUGGAAAGUUAUCUGGUUGGGACUUGCGAUCUGUUAUUGUAAAGAGUGGUGAUGACUGUCGGCAGGAACAUCUAGCUGUGCAACUUAUUUCCCACUUCUAUGAUAUAUUCCAAGAAGCUGGUCUCCCUCUUUGGUUGCGCCCCUAUGAAGUCCUAGUCACUUCGUCUUACACAGCUCUCAUCGAAACGAUUCCAGAUACAGCUUCACUUCAUUCUAUUAAAAGUAGAUAUCCCGAUAUAACGAGCUUACGUGAUUUCUUCGUAGCAAAAUAUGGAGAGAAUACUCCUAGCUUUAAGCUUGCUCAGAGGAACUUUGUGGAGAGCAUGGCAGGAUAUUCACUAGUAUGCUACCUCCUUCAGGUGAAGGAUCGCCACAAUGGCAACCUCUUGCUAGAUGAGGAAGGUCAUAUCAUACAUAUUGAUUUCGGUUUCAUGCUCUCUAAUUCCCCUGGUGGUGUAAAUUUCGAGAGUGCUCCCUUCAAGCUAACACGAGAACUUCUUGAGGUCAUGGAUUCUGACGCUGAGGGAGUUCCAAGUGAAUUCUUUGACUAUUUUAAGGUGUUGUGCAUCCAAGGGUUCCUAACUUGUAGGAAACAUGCUGAGCGUAUUAUAUUGCUCGUUGAGAUGCUCCAGGAUUCGGGCUUCCCGUGCUUUAAAGGCGGUCCACGGACUAUACAGAACUUGAGAAAGAGAUUUCAUCUUAGCUUGACUGAAGAGCAAUGUGUAUCUUUGGUGCUGUCCUUAAUCAGCAGUAGCUUAGAUGCGUGGCGGACCCGACAAUAUGAUUACUAUCAGAGGGUCUUGAAUGGAAUAUUAUGAGCAGUAGGAGAGAAUGUUCAGUUUAUCUACAUGGCAGUUCCAUGUGGUGGGGCCAUUCACUGCUAAACCUCUACUGGGUGAAUUUGCUGAUUCAAUCAGGUCCUUGUGUUGGAAGGGGAGCAGAUCUACCGUGGGAUUGGCCGGAGAUUUUUGCUGUUUGUGUCGAUUAUGCAAGCAAUUGUUUAUAGUAGAGAAGACCCUUAUUGGGGAUAGACACAUGAAUUUGGAUCGAGGACUGUUCUGAUAACAGAACAGAUCUCGGAUUUGUUGGGUUUCUGAAACUCUGCUGAUUGUUAGGGAUGGAGCCUGGGCGGUCGUCUGUACCAAUACUACUCCGACAGAUCACACUGUACAGAAUGAUUAUUCUGUAGGGGGAGAAGCAGCAGAAAGUACAUAUAUAGGCUCAGCCUUCGGAAGCAGAAUCUCGUGGGAAUCUCUGGGUGUGAUUUGUGAAGUGAUUUAUAUCUCGUUCCUCUUCUUAUUUUUCACUUCCGGAUUGACGUUUUCCUUGGGGUGAUCUUGUGUUACGAAGGUGGCAGCUUUGUAAACUGGUGCUGCUAUGUUAGACAGUUAGAAAAAAUCUGUCUCCCCCAAACAAGUUCUCUGAUUAUUUUGAGCAGGCAGGGUGUUAUAGAAGCAUUGCGAUUUUGUUUAUGUCC